AUGGGAGACAUGGGAGAUCCACCAAAAAAAAAACGUCUGAUUUCCCUAUGUGUUGGUUGCGGCAAUCAGAUUCACGAUCAGUAUAUUCUGAGGGUUUCUCCGGAUUUGGAAUGGCAUGCGGCAUGUUUGAAAUGUGCGGAGUGUAAUCAGUAUUUGGACGAGAGCUGUACCUGCUUUGUUAGAGAUGGGAAAACCUACUGUAAAAGAGAUUAUAUCAGGUUGUACGGGAUCAAAUGCGCCAAGUGCAGCAUCGGCUUCAGCAAGAACGACUUCGUGAUGCGCGCCCGCUCCAAGGUGUACCACAUCGAGUGUUUCCGCUGCGUGGCUUGCAGCCGUCAGCUCAUCCCCGGCGACGAGUUCGCGCUUCGGGAGGACGGGCUCUUCUGCCGUGCGGACCACGACGUGGUGGAGAGGGCCAGCCUGGGCGCUGGCGAUCCGCUCAGCCCGCUGCACCCGGCGCGGCCGCUGCAAAUGGCAGCCGAGCCCAUCUCUGCCCGGCAGCCGGCCCUGCGGCCCCACGUCCACAAGCAGCCGGAGAAGACCACCCGUGUUCGGACUGUGCUGAACGAGAAGCAGCUGCACACCUUGCGGACCUGCUAUGCCGCCAACCCCCGGCCAGACGCGCUCAUGAAGGAGCAACUGGUGGAGAUGACAGGCCUCAGCCCCCGCGUGAUCCGGGUCUGGUUUCAAAACAAGCGGUGCAAGGACAAGAAGCGGAGCAUCAUGAUGAAGCAGCUCCAGCAGCAGCAGCCCAAUGACAAAACUAAUAUCCAGGGGAUGACAGGAACUCCCAUGGUGGCUGCCAGUCCAGAGAGACAUGAUGGUGGCUUACAGGCAAACCCAGUGGAGGUGCAAAGUUACCAGCCGCCUUGGAAAGUACUGAGUGACUUCGCCUUGCAGAGUGACAUAGAUCAGCCUGCUUUUCAGCAACUGGUGAAUUUUUCAGAAGGAGGACCGGGCUCUAAUUCCACUGGCAGUGAAGUGGCGUCGAUGUCCUCUCAGCUCCCAGAUACACCUAACAGCAUGGUAGCCAGUCCUAUUGAGGCAUGAGGAACAUUCAUUCAGAUGUAUUUUUUUUUUCCCUGUUGGAGAAAGUGGGAAAGUAUAAUGUUGAACUCCGAAACAAAAGUAUUUAACGACCCAGUCAAUGAAAACUGAAUCGAGGAAUGAAUGCUCCAUGAAAUGCACGAAGUCUGUUUUAAUGACAAGGUGAUAUGGUAGCAACACUGUGAAGACAAUCAUGGGAUUUUACUAGAAUUAAACAACAAACAAAACCCAAACCCAACAUACGCUAUCCAAUGACCUUAGGAGUACUGAAAAAAAAAAAAAAAGACGUUUUUAAAACGUAGAGGAUUUAUAUUCAAGGAUCUCAAAAAAAA